AUCGCUGCUACACCGAGGCUUAGGUGUAUUUCAGAUAUUCAAGAUGAAAGGUGCAAUUUGUUUCUUAAUAUUCUCCAUUGUGAACUACUGCCAUGGAUAUAACAUAUUGGUGAUGAUGCCUUUUCCAUUGUACAGUCACACCAAGUCUUACUUGCCACUAUUUAUCGAAUUAGCAAAAAGAGGGCACAAUGUAACAAUGGUCAGUCCGUUUCCAUUAAAAGAACCAGUUCCGAAUUUCAAUGAAAUUGUCAUUGAGGACACUAUGAAAGAUAAUGAAGUUUCAUCGAGCAACAUGGAUCUAAGAGAAUUGGAUGGAUUUUUAUUUCAACUUUUUGGUCUAAAACUCUUUUGUAAAUUUAUGCUCGAUAACGGUUUCAGUGCUGAAGGGUUGAAGACAUUUUUAAAAGAUAAAGAUUCUAAAUUUGAUAUGGUCAUUACUGAGACUUUUUUUUGCCAGGAACCAUUUAUAGCUUUAGGGCACAAGUACGGGGCUAUUCAGGUUUCUGUUCAAUCAAUUGAGAUAUUCAUGGGAUUAUCUCGCUCAACCGGAAACCCGCACAAUCCGGCUUAUGUGCCCUCUCACAUAUUUCCAUCAUCACAUCACAUGAAUUUUUGGGAAAGGUCAAAAAGUACAUUUGUUAAUCUACUAGAUUAUCCUAUAACUCAUGCAGGAUGGAUGUAUAUGGACCAUUACAUGAGAAGCCAAUUUGCGCCGUACCCUGGAUUUGAAAAUUUGCCGCCAAUAACAGAUAUGUUUAAGAAUUUUUCUCUUGUUCUACUUGACAAUAGUAAGGCAAUAACUUACCCCCGCGCGUAUCUUCCAAAUAUAGUCGAGAUCGGAGGACUGACCAUCAAAGGAGGGGAUAAACUCGAUAAAGAAUGGGAAAAAUAUUUGAAUGAAUCUGUUGAUGGAAUUAUAUACUUCAGCUGGGGAUCCCAUUAUCCAACAAAAAAUAUUAAACCUCACGAACUGACUGCUUUCAUGUCAGCAUUCGGAAAGCUAAAACAAAGAGUACUAAUGAAAGUAGAUGAAGAUACACUGCCGGGGAAACCUGAUAACGUAAGGCUGGCCAAAUGGGUACCACAAGCAAGUGUACUGGGCCAUCCCAAUGUCCGUGCUUUUAUCAGCCACGGUGGACUUCAUGGUGUUUUGGAGGGAACUUAUCACGGUGUUCCUAUCAUAGGAACUCCACUUUUCCAUGAUCAAAAGAGCAAUAUUAAAUUUUGUGAAGAUGCUGGUUAUGGCAUAUACAUAGAUCUAAAUACUAUCACUGAAGAAAUUCUCUUGGAUGCUAUUAAUAGGAUAUUGACAACUUCAUCUUAUAAGGAAAAUGCUCUAAAAAGAAGUAAAAUCAUGAAAGACAAUCCCAUGAGUGUCAUGGAUAAUGCAGUCUACUGGGUGGAAUACGUACUUCGGCACAGAGGAGCUCCUCACCUAAGAUCUGCGGCAGUAGAACUGUCUUGGUACCAAUAUCUCCUCCUUGAUGUGAUUGUAGUUUGGGGAGCGGUCUUUGUUGUGGUUGUAUUAUUGUUAAAGAAAAGUAUUAAAUGCAUAUGUAAAGCUAGGAAAUCAAAAAGUAAAAAAGACUGAUGAAAACUUUGGUAUGAAGUCAAGAAAAGAAAUGACAAUAAGUGAUUGUGCUGUAUUUCGGAUAUUUAUAUUUUGUAUAUUUUAUUUAUUAUAACCUAGUGGCAUUAACUGUCAGAUUGAAUUUAAUAUGUACAUUGAUGUUCUGUCAUCUUAUAUUUUUCUUUAAUGUAAAUUAUUAUUUGCUCAAUAAUGUGGUUUCUUAUAAUAAAAUAUUUAAGUAAAAAAAUUGUAAUUUAUAAUUUAUUUCCUGUUAUCAGAAUAAAUUUUGUGUAC